AGCGUUAGAGACUCAUAAAUGAUAAAUUAAAAUAUAUAUGGCAGGAAGAGGGUGUUGUGGUUGUGGUUGAUAACGGAAAGUUAAGCGACCAAAAACAUACUGCUGUGAUGGCUUGGAAUAAAGCGAGUGAAGGUGACUGGCGACAAAGCAUUUAUUGUAAACUACGAGAAAGAAAUAAAAAAGAAUACGAAAACAUCAAUGAUCUUAUUCAACUACAUAAUCGUCUUUUUGAACAAAGCGAAUCUCUAAGAACGGAAAAUCUGCAUCUAACUCUUCAGAAUGAGAGGCUCCGUCAAGAGAAUACACAACUCCAGAGUCAGGGAGGUGGUGGUGGUGGUGAAGGUGGAGGAUCCUCAUCAGUUGUUGUUCAGGCUUUGGAGCAAAAAGUAUAUAAACUACAAGAAGAGCUGACAAACUUGCACAGACGGAAAGGUGAGAAUGCUCAGCAACUGGUAGAAUUGAACCAGUGCCUUCAGGAACGUGAUAAACUUAUGGCAUCAAAAGACAACAAAUUGGCGGAAUAUGAGUCAGACCUUCUAAUUUUACGAGAAGAUUUGGCAGCAAAAGAGGCAGUGCUUGCAGAUGUCCAGGCUGUUAACCAAGUACUACGAGAUGAAUACCAAACCCUCAACUUAGCCUUUACAGCUCUUGAAGAUAAAUACAGGAAAGCACAGGGGGAAAAUCGAGAGCUGAUUGACCGGUGGAUGGCACAGAAGGCAAAAGAUGCAGAAAAACUUAACAUGGAGAAUGACACAGCACUUAAGAAACGACAAUUGGUGCUUGAGGAGCAACUGAAAGAAGCAGCACGAGAACCCAAACAAGUGAAUACUGAUGAUAAAUUUGCCUGCAGCCCUCCCAUCUGUCUCACUGCUAUUCUACCAGCCAAGGCCUACCUUAAAUUUGAUGCCCAUGAUGGAGAGGUGAAUUCGGUAUGCUUCAGCCCCCAAGGAAGAAUUUUGGCAACUGGGGGUGCUGACCGGAAAUUAAAGUUGUGGGACAUUAGUCGUGCAACGGUAGAAGCCAAAGGAUUACUGACUGGCAGUAAUGCAGGAGUAACAGCUAUAGACUUUGAUGCAGAAGAAUCACUCAUCCUUGGUGCUUCAAAUGACUUUGCCAGCAGAGUGUGGACUGUUGUUGAUCAUAGAUUAAGACACACACUAACUGGGCAUUCUGGUAAAGUAAUGGCAGCAAGAUUUUUAUCUGAAUCGGCUAAAGUGGUUACAGGGUCCCAUGACCGCACCUUGAAGAUAUGGGAUCUCCGGAGUCGAGCCUGCAUUAGAACAAUAUUUGCUGGGUCUAGUUGUAAUGAUCUGGUACCAUCGGACAGCGCUGCAACAACGAUUAUAUCAGGCCAUUUUGAUAAGAAGAUUCGAUUUUGGGAUACCCGAACUGAACAAUCAGCAAAUGAGGUACCACUUCAAGGAAAGAUUACUUCUCUGUCUUUAUCAAGAGAUGGAUUUUAUUUACUAAGUUGUGUGCGUGAUGAUUCCCUUAAAAUCUUGGACCUUCGGAAAAACAAAGUGGUACAUACAUUCACUGGUGAUGGCUUCCAUGUAGGCACAGACUACACAAGGGCAACAUUUUCUCCUGAUGCAAUGUAUGUUGCAGCAGGAACUGGUGAUGGUGCUGUCUAUAUAUGGAAUGUUAAUACAGGCAAGCUAGAAAAGACAUUUAGGGAACAUUCAGCCUGUGUUGUGGCAUGCACUUGGCACCCAAGUGGAAAAUCACUUGUGUCCUGCGAUCGAGCUAAAAAGGUCAUAGCCUGGUCAGAUUUUUAAAGUAAUUUUGAGGAAAAUGUGCUUUACCUCCUGGUGCUCUAGCCAUUGGUGUUUGUUGGAGUUCCCAAAGCUGUGAUAGAGGUAACCAAAUCUUAGGUUAUGCUUGAGUUCUCUCUUAUGAUGCUGCAUCACUGCCACUGCUACAUAGGAUCUAUUUAAUCAGAAUGUUGACUUAGAAUCAUUAAUUAGUGCAUCUUUGUGUGUUUUUUUUAAUGUUGGGACAAUACUGUCAGUUUUAUGAUGGGUACCUGACCAUGAGCAGGAACAAGAUUCUAAUUAACAUGAUCCUAUAUAGCUGAGGUGUAUUAUUUGUGUAUGUAAAAAGCAAUGUCUCCGGGUACCAGGUCAGUGAAAAUCAUCCUUGUGCUUUUCAUUUAAAUAUUUUGUUACAUUUAUAUUUGACAUAAUCUGAAUUAAACAAGUUCUAAUUCUCCUGUGCAAUUUACGUAAUCAAGAAAAUGUGUAUUUGUUGCAUGUUCUAUUAGUAAAUUGAUUGUUUGUUGUGAAAAAUCCAGAACAAAUUUUAUGUUUAAAGUUGCACAUAAAAAUAAUUUGAUUGUAAUGUUUGUACAAACUUGCAGAUUAUGUAAGAAUGUGUAUGUAUAUAUAAAUCUUUCAUUGAGUAGCUCUUACAGUAUUUAUUCUAAUUCAUGAUUUUCCACACCGUCCUUACCAGUUUUCAGCGUCACUGUUUUGUAUGUGGUAAAAGUCGCAGUGAUUCAUUCUUGUCCAUGCUGAUGCUUUUUCAUGCUAGGAUUACAUUCUCAAUACUGUAGAAGAAUUUUUCUAAUCAUCAUAAACAUCAUGUACAGUAUGACUUCAGAAAUCUGGAUGAGUUGUGAGUUGUGACUGGGAGUAUACCGGAUACUGUACUGUAUGAGAUUUUUAUGGUUUUCUGAACAAGGUCACACUUCCCCCCUAUGCCUCCCUACUUUAAACUAUGAAGCUUCUAUGUUAAAAGUUCCUGAGUUAGAGUCGUGCUCAGUAUAGUGUUGCACAGCUAUUAAGUAGAAUUUACCUAUACAAAUCAUGUACAGUAUAGUGUUGUUUAUUACUGAUAAAUGACAAAAUAUAGAAAUGUAGAAAGAGCAUUAAAUGAUAAAUAAUAAGGUGAUCUGGUAUAUGCUAAAUAAAUGCCAUGCCAAGGUUGAGUUUUUAAUUAAGCAAUAGUGAAUUUUGUAUGUGACUUUUGUAAAGAAAUAUCUGUUAAUAGCUGUGAACAACCAAAGUGAACAUAUACAGUUACCAAAACAUCACACUGACAAGUUUAUGCUUCCCUUACUGACAGUUAGGUUGAUUUCAUAUUUUACUGUACUUACUUUAGUUUAUCUUUUAAUUUAUUUGAUUCUCUUAUUACAUAUACAGGUAUGCAGUUCUACAAUACGCUGUACCUGUAAAUGGAUUUCUUAUUAAAUUUUAACUCAUGACAUCUGAUAAAGAAAAAUUAUGUGGCCUACAAAGGUUAACACACAUUAAUCUAUUUUGAUACAACACUAAACCAUACCUUUGUAAUUUAAUGAGCCAUAAAAAUUUUAUGAGUAAAUGUUCGGAAUAUUGAACAAAUCUUGAGUUUUAAAUGCUGUAUUAACCCUGCACUGGGGGACCCCACUUUUAAUGUCUUAUUGGGCUAACACCAGAUUAUUUUAUUCAGCACAGAAGGGAGCCCAUACACAAGUGAAAAUUGUCAUUUCAUAUGAACCACAUGAUCAUCAAUAACAAAUAACCCAUCAAAGAUGACUGGGCAUUGCACUGGUUAAAUCAAGAUAAUACCAGGUAUGUACAAUUAUAAGCCCUGAAUAUAGGUUGUACUGUAUAGUAGUGCAAGUAGCCAGUACUGAUUAUUGUCCAGCAAAUGGAUGAAGAUCUGAACACAAAGGGUUGAUACCUUCAUCCAGAAUAUACAUAAGUAUUUAAGAAAAAUUGUGGUGUGGCUUAUUGAGGUUGGUGUAUAGUACUAUUCAAGUAUUUCAGUACAAUACUGUAUAACUAAAACAUAUGUAUGGAAACAACUAAAUAAUGAAAAGCUGUUUAGUAAAUGAUUAAUAGUAUAUUUAAAAAAAUAUAUGAAUUUUCAAUAUUAAUCAUGGGUAUUUGUUAUGUUGUUUAUGUCCCCACUAAGUCAUGGAGCAAACACUGCCACACAUGAAACCAAGUGACAACUGUUUACCUCCAGAGAUGGAUAACAGGAUGUUUAUAAUAAUGUGUUUCUUUGCUUUACUUUUUAAAAGUACCACUUUUCUUAUAUUUCUCAAUAACUGAUUUCUGGAAUUCUGAGGUUCUACUGUAUGUUUUUCAUGAUAUCCCAGUGCCAACACCACCACUUACUGUACAUUCAAUGGCUGGUAGUCAAGACACCUGUGUGCCGCAUUUGGUUCGUUGCAUAAAUUGUCAUAACAGGUAUAGGAAAUUCAUAAAUUUAUCCGAUAACCAGGGAAUUUAAUAUAUACAUUUAGCUCGUAAAAAAUCUGGUAAACAAAGAGAAAUUAGAAAUGAGAGAAAAGUAAGUGCAUCAGGUAUCUUAGUAGUUGGCUUUAGUGAACAGUUUCCUUUACAUAACAGAACUUAACCUAGUUAUUAUGUAUUGGUUUGGUUAUACUACAGUAUUUUGGGUUUAUUUUCUACAGGUAAGCUCCAUUUAUUAGUGGUGUAUUUUUAUAAAUUAUUGAAGUAUUUUAUUAACGAUCAGAAAGGUAACAGAUUAUGACCAAACCCAAAAUGUGGUAAAUAAUUUGCAAUACACCUAAUGAGUAGUAAUGAACGAUGGCAUUUUCAAACAAAUUUUUGGUAUUUGUGGUAGUGUGAUGGGAGGGCAUAGCUUUGUUUUGUCCACCAGCCAGACUGUAAACACAACUCACAUGAAUUGGUGAAGUAAUAUAUACUUGCCUAAUAGUCUGGUUCCUUCUCAUAUUGCAUCAUCUCAUCCUCCUAAAAUUUUUAUUAACAAACUUCUGUCGAUAUCAUUCCUUUCCAUUCAUCACCUGUUUAAAGUCAUUGUAUAAUUUAUAAAUGCUAGGUCUUUCUCCACACAUGUAGUUUGUUAAUAAUGUGAGUUUGCCUUGUUCUUGAGUUCAUAGGAACACUCAUUUUCUCUUCAUGGUGUUAAGUUUCACAGGAGAUCAAAUUGCUGUAUGAGCAAAGAUUUAAUAUGUAGAAAGAGUUUUCUUUAUUGUUCAUUCAUUUAUACAAAUAUAUUUCCACAAACAGAUUUUCAAAACAGAAUCUUAAACAUAAAAUAAUCUUUUUAUUUGUCCUUUCCAAAAUAAAUAAACCACUAGUGGAAUUAAUAUCAUUGUGUUGAGAUUAGGCUAGAUUUUAUGUGAAUUUCAAUAAAUAUGAGGUUCUAUUUCCUUUGAUGUGUGAGAGAGCAGACCUUGACCACCACAAGAUGCUGUGCAAGGAAUUCAUACAGAGGAACUAUUUCUUCUAUGGACUCCCAGUUGAUCCCUAGUAAUGAACAAGCUCAGCUGCAGACGUCUCUCCUGUCAGUGGUACAUCGGCUGUUUGUUUGCGAUCAUCAGGUUAGGUGGCGUGGCGGUAGAUAUAAACAUAUGGCUCCAAACAACGGCCACCGUUGUGUUAUUUGUGCGGAAAACAAAGAAAAUAAUGAAGGUAAGGUGUCAUUUCUUCUCAAAAGGCAGAUAAAGGUAAGACCAUAAUUUUGUGGUUGAUUCAUAAGCAGUGACAGUUAAAUUGCAAUUUAAUUUAUCAUUUUAUCACUUAUCUUAUUAGUCAUUUGGGCAGCAGGUUUCUUAUUUGUUACUUUGUUGUGAACUUGAUUGUCCAGUAGCACCCAUCAAGUGACCCCCCCUCUUUUUAUAGUUGUUUCUAGUGUAUUUUUAUCUCUUCAAAUGUACAAUUAGAAAUGUCAGAAACCUAUAGAAGAAAGGUAAGAGCGCCGAUUGUUAACAUUGCUACAUGCUAAAUAGUGGUCUGUGAGGCGAAAUGCAAACUUAAGUUGGAUGUAACUUUUUUCCUAUUAAUUUCCUACAAUUUUGUGUUGCAUAUCUGGAAAGUGUAGAUAGAACUACCCAAAAUUAAAAUAUAAAUGUAGGGUUACUUAUUGGGUCUUAAACUUCAAUUUAACCAGUCAUUUGAAAGCACAUAUCCACUCACAUUUAUGAUAAAUUUAAGUCAUACCUGUAGUUACAACCCUGUUACUCAGUGCCAAUAUGGAACAAAUACCUUUUUAACCCCUGCAUUUUCCUUCCAUAUAACAUAGUAGUAUAUGUAAUUGAUAUUGUGCUUGAGCAGUUGCUUCAUGUUUGUAAUAUACAUUUUCAAUUGCAAUUAUAACAGAAUUUAAAGAUCACCUUGAGUAAUUUAGUGGUACUUUCCAGGUCCUUUACAGCAUCCGGGUACACCAGUUUCCUCCUGUACUUACACUGAACAAUAUAGUCAUUGACAAUGCUAACAAAGAACAGACAAUCUGCCUAAAUGACUAAUAAGGUAAUAAGUGCUGAAAUGAUAAAUACUGUAUUGAAAAUAGAUAAUUAAAUGAAUGCCGAUGGUAGAGAAAGUAAAUCCAACGGGAAAUACUGGAGUUACCAUUAAAAAAAAAACCGCCAGUGUCGGGCCUAAAGAAAAUAAUAUAAGGGCAUUUUAGAUUCAUAUGAUAUUCCUUGGUUUAUAUGUACAGUAGUCUGUCAGUGGUGUUGUCUGCACGAAACACAAAUGCCCAUGGAUACAGCAAUUUGUGGUUAGGUAUUUGGGCACAUUUUCACCUUAUUCUUGGGUUAUAUUAGCUCUUGCUUCUAAAUACUUUCACUUGCAACUGUCUAUAUUUCAGUUUAUACUUUCAAUGUAUUUUAAAAAGCUGUAAUAAUGCCAAGGAGGAUGGGGCUUCAAAGAUUACGUGCUCACACCCCUCUGAGCAGUCAUAAAUAAAAAACUGGGUACUCAGACCUGACGCCUUCGUCCGGUGUUAUUAAUUUAAAAGAACCAUUGGUGUAACGUGGGUAAUAAAACACAACAUAGAAAA